AGGGUAAGAUUAUAGAUUGUGUGUAAGAAUGUAAACUGGGCAAGGUUUAUAUCAAUUUGCCAAGCCACUGCCAGACCAACUGGUAUCUGCAGUUGUAUUCAGUGUUGAAAGUGUGUAUGUAAAGAUAUCAUAACUAGAUUUUAUGAAAUCAUUUGUACCAAUGCCAUACAGAUUGAACUGUAAAAAAUUCUGACAAUACGUAAGUUCUGAUAAACACACAUCUUUAAGAAUAUUACAGUUGUUGAUAAGUCACUGAAACAUGAUGAAUUAUUGUUAUUUAUUUGUAGCUUGGUGAAGUUUAUGAGGACCCCUACAAUUGAAUUCUAAUCCAGCAGGUUGGCAGCAUCCAUGGAAGUGAACAAAUAGUCAACAUUUUGGGCUGAGACCCUUCUGCAGGACAAGCUGGAGUGUGUAAUGCAGUUGGUGCAGGCAGGAGUUGGCGUCAACAUCACAACAACACGGUUUGCUCAGACUCCAGCCCACAUUGCAGCUUUUGGAGGACAUCCUCAAGGCUUGUUGUGGCUGAUCCAAGCAGGGGCAGAUUAUAAUAUGCAGGAUGUUGUAGGUGAAACCCCUGUCCAUAAAGCAGCACGAUCAGGAAGUUUGGAUUGCCUUAAUGUCCUUGUCUCACAUGGGGCUAAAACAGAUUUAAGGAAUGCCAAUGGGUUGACAGCAGCUCAACUUGCCCUGGCUCAGGGGUUCCGUGAGUGCUCCCAGUUCCUGUGCAAUGUGCAGAACCAUCAGCUGAAUGGUUUCUACACCAAUGGCAUCGCCAGCGGUCUUUACCGGGAUAAUUUGAUCACCGACGGACUAAAUGGCUACACAGGAACCAACCGCAAGAGAAGCCAUGAAGAAUCUGAGCACAGUGGAAUCAAGAAACCUAGAACUGAAGGUCUAUGUCUCAGCAACAGUGCAGAAGGCUGCAGCUUCCUGGACGAGCCAUUCACCAACCUGGCCUCUGCGAAUGGCUACCUCCACACUUCCAGCUUCCCCCCAGAUCCAGUCAACGGAGGGAAUGGCGCCUCGCAUGGAAUGGCCUCUGAAUUGAGCACCGGGUUCUGUAAUGGUCCUGUCUCACUCCCCAGCAGUAAAAGUGGAGCGUUGGGUUCGGAGAGCUGCCAGCCGCUGUCAGAAAUGUGUGGAGCCCUCCACCAGAAUGGCAGUCCUAGCAGUUGUGUGGGUGUCCAGCCAGCAUGGCCCUGCGGUCCCACCAAUGGGCUCCACGGUGAUCACGACCCACUCCAGUUUGGGUACUACCACGGCUUUGGAGACACAGCUGAGAGUAUCCCUGACCUCAAUAGUUACAUGGAGCACUCUAACUCGGUGAAGGUGGAGCAGAGCUACAACAAUGCAGUCUGCAGCGUCAUCCACCUCUUCCACGGGUCAUAGGAAGGUGGUGUAUGGCUCUUGCUACUGUUUGUGAAGCUCCCCUCUCCCAUCUUUUCUCUUACAGGAAUAAGUAUAAAGCUUGAAGUCACAUUUUGACUUAAAAUCAUUAAUGUCUUAAUAACCUAGAACUCAUCCUUAUGAGGACAGGUGCUGGUUAUAGUGUCCUCUGUUGAUUGAGAAUUGUUCCAUGGCCAAGUUGUCAAUGUUUGGUAUACAGCUAAAGGAGGCAAUCUUUUAAAACUUUACUAAUGUCUCUUUUGUUCUACUUAAACAUCAGAGGUGGAACCUGUAACUGGUGGUAGUCUUAAGUCUGUACAUCCUUCCCACAUGAAUGAAUCUUUGUGCUUCUAAUUGGUGACUAAAUUCUCUUUAAGUUUUGUUAAUCUGGUUAUAGUGAUUGUUAUGGUUGAAGGAACUGUCAUAUGGAUGUAUCAAUCAGUAAACUAUGAUUGUGCGUUAACUCCCAAAGUCCAAGGAUGAUGGCGGAGACUGAACUCCAUAAAUCUGUGAAAUGGCAGAAUCCCUACCACACAAGAUGUUUGUGUGCGUGGCUGUAACUGAACCACACAAGUAAAUAUUCAUCCAUUACAUGCCAUAAGACCUAGGAGCAAAAGUAGGCCAUUUGGCCCAUCAAGUCUGCUCCGCCAUUCAAUCAGGCUGAUCCACUUCAUCCAGUCAUCCCCACCCCCCUGCUUUCACCCCAUACCCUUUGAUGCCUUGGCUAAUCAAGAACCUAUCUAUCUCUGCCUUAAAUACUCCCAAUGACUUGGCCUCCACAGCUGCUCAUAUACUUAUGAACAGGUGAGAGCAUUGUCCUGACCUGUAUCUCAGUCCCAAUAUUACCAUUUUAUAUUUGAGUGCUGAUUGGUACAACCUAUGUUGAUAUGUGUGCUAAGGACUAUGACUAGACAUUUAAUGUGAUGGAAAUUGUAUUCGGUUAGAGCAGAGGUACCCAGCCCGGGGUCUACGGACCCCUUGGUUAGUCCUGAGAUCCAUGGCAUGGGAACUCCUGAGUUACAGCAAAUUUACACCAUUGCUCUUCAACACUCUCAGUUGGAUUCUGAGUUUAACCAGCUCUGUGCAAACUUUAGUGUGAUGAGUAAUGGUUAUCUUUUUAACUUUUGAAAUGUGUGUUUCUAUCCAUUUAUAAACUUCAAAUGUAAUUGUUAAUCUUACAUCUAAAGACACUGUGUCUGCUCACAACAAUUUAAGCCUAUAACCACAUGUUUCAAACCUUUGUCCUUACACCACUUUGCUCAUUGCAUGUUUCACACUUCCCUGCUGCUUUGGAAACAUUUGUUUUUUUGUAAAAUGUUUUGUUUACAAAGAAUUGAAUAAAGAUUUUUCACAAUAUUGUUUAAAACA